UUCCGCGCCAGCUUUUCGACGAGCGGCCUCGCUCCCCCUGCCGGGCAAAGGAAGGACAAGAGCCGAAGAUGGCGGUUCUUCCAGCCGCGGCGGCGGCGGCGGCAGCGGCUUCGGCUUCCGAACAGCAAAGCUCGAAUGGCCCCGUGAAGAAAUCGAUGCGAGAAAAGGCCGUGGAACGCAGAAAUAUUAACAAAGAGCAUAACUCUAACUUCAAGGCUGGAUACAUCCCGAUUGAUGAAGAUCGUCUACACAAAACUGGUUUGCGAGGCAGAAAAGGCAAUUUGGCAAUCUGUGUCCUGGUCCUCCUAUUCAUUUUGGCGGUUAUUAAUUUAAUUAUCACUGUCAUAAUUUGGGCUGUAAUUCGUAUUGGGCCCAACGGCUGCGAUAGCAUGGAGUUUCAUGAUAGCGGAUUAUUAAGAUUUAAACAAGAUUCUGAUAUGGGAAUUAUACACCCAUUAUAUAAGAGCACAGUAGGAGGCCGACGGAACGAAGAUUUGGUGAUUGUUGGAGAAAACCAGCCAAUUGUAUUUCAGCAAGGGGAAACAAAACUUAGUGUGGAGAAAAAUAAAACUUCAAUUACCAGCGAUAUCGGAAUGGAAUUUGUUGACCCACGAACUCAAAACACUUUGUUUAGCACUGACUACAAUACCCAUGAGUUUAAUUUGCCAAGUGGAGUAAAAAUUUUAAAUGUCCAAAAAGCAUCUACAGAAAGGAUUACAAGCAAUGCCACCAGUGAUCUCAAUAUAAAAGUUGAUGGGCGCGCUAUUGUCCGUGGAAAUGAAGGAGUGUUUAUUAUGGGCAAAACCAUCAAGUUUUCCAUCGGACGGAACUUGGAACUGAAAGCCGACAAUUCCAUUAUCCUGAAUGGAAGUGUGAUGAUCAAUGUAUCCCGACUGCCAAAUUCUUCUCACAAGGAACAAUUUAACAAUGGUGACUGGGAACGUUACAAACUUUGUAUGUGUUCGGAUGGGACAUUAUUCCGUAUUCCAGUUAAGAGCCGUAAUAUGGGUUGCCAAACCUCUAUCAACCCAUGUGGUAAAACGUAUUAAAGGCAAAUGUGGGUACUAUGGAAAGAAAAAUCACUUUAUUUAAGUUCAAGCCAUUGCAUGUUUGCAAGAAUGUUUUUGGUUAUUUGUACAAAUAUUAAAUGAAGCACUUCUCACACA